AUGAGGGGCAAGACAACGGUCCUGGAGGGUGGUGGAACGGAGCGGCUAUUCAGGUUCUCGUCCCCCCAGCAGAAGGAGAGGAAACCAACUUGGGUCCGGGAACAAGAUCUACCUCGCGAAGCGGUACAGAGGUUUCUUUCCAAACAGCCCGUGAUCGGCGACAUAAUGCCGAGCAAAGAAACCGCCAGCGGAAAUAGCCCUUGGAAUCACUCCCAUAAACGACAGGCCCUUGCCGAUGAGCCUACCGCAGGUUCAAUGCUUCCUCCACGUAAGCUUCAGCGCGCUGAAGAGACCGUCAAAGCUCCGAGCCCUGACCUGGAAGCGGAGGUUCGACGACUCAGAAGCGAGUUACAAGCUCGUGAUGUGCAGAUGCAGAAGCUCCUCGGUCAAAGUCAGCUGGUUCCGGAUACGACGAUGGGCCUAACAUCUGGUUCCGCAUUCCACCCGGAAAACGUUUCCGAGGAACAACCCACUUCCAACUCUGUCUUCGCGGCGCCCUCAGCUCUGCUACACGACGCAAACUAUGACCGCAGCUCGGUGGCACGAGGGCAGGAUAUGCCAACAGAUCUGGGAGCCCACUUCUACCAUGCCGCUCGCAAAGCUGCCGACAUUUAG